AUGUCGGACAAAACACUCGUCCUAGUCACUGGAGGCAACCAGGGCUUGGGAUUCUAUGCCAUCCAGCAGAUGUCCGCCACUGGCAAGCAUCAUAUCUUGAUGGGAAGCCGUGACCUCAGCAAGGCAGAGCAAGCCAUCAAGACCCUCAAGGAGAAUACGGAGGUCAAGGCCAACCCGGACAACGUCGAGCCCAUCCAGAUCGACAUGUCUUCUGAUCAAUCUAUCGAGAAGGCGGCGAAGACGGUUGAGCAAAAGUACGGACGUCUCGACAUUCUGAUGCUGAACGCCGGCAUCGCCUACACCGAAGGAUCCGUCCGAGAGCAAUACCAGAAAAUUUACGACACGAACAUCUUUGGCGCCAGCGUGACGGUCGAAGCAUUCCUGCCUUUGCUCCGCAAAUCCACAGUCGCCGGUGGCAAACGCAUCUCCUUCACUUCCAGCGGGCUGGCCUCGAUCAAGUGGGCAGCGGAGUCAGACGGCAACUACAACGGCGCCAUGUACGGCAUCUACCGCUCCUCCAAAUCUGCCAUGAACAUGGUGAUGGUCAGCUAUGCCAGGCAAUUGGAAGGCGAGGGCUUCGUGGUCACUGCUACGGAUCCGGGAUACUGCGCUACGAACCUCAACGCCUACUCUGGAUUCAAGGAUCCGAGGGAGGGCGCCAAAGCUCUGAUCAGAGGCGCUAUCGGAGACAAGAAGGACGUUCACGCGGCUAUGGUCGAUGAGGAACAGAAGCAGCCGUGGUAG